CUGGGUCGGAGCUCCAGAGGAGUCGCCUUUGUCUGUCCUCCACUUCUCCCAGGCAAUCCAGACGGAGACGGGCUGCUCCAUGGCCGACUCUCUUCUCAAUCAUUCUUGGCCAUCCUUCUCCAGGAGGUGGAUGAAGAGAUGGUCCUUCAAGCGAGGGUCAGACUGCAAGCGAAGCGCACAAGAUUUCCCCAGCAGUUGCACUGUCCCCAUCUCAGGGUGUAACAGCCCAAACACUUUGUCUCCAUCCUUGAUUGCUGAGGAUGAGGUCUUCUUUGGCAGCAUGGCAGAGGAGAGGGAAGAUACUUCUUCUCCAGAACAGGACACACUUCCAUGUAUUGUUGAUAGCAGCACAGAAGAUCUACUCUCUAUAGACUCUGCUCUCCAGGGAUCAGAGUAUUAUAAGGAUCUGGAAUUUGCUGGGCCUACAGAGACGAAUAGUAACAUGCACUUGCGGCUUGAUUGGACAUCACAGGAAACUCCUGGUUUUUGCUCCUCAGCAAAACAUUCCACAGGUUGUGAGGAAAUGCUUGCCAAUACUCAGAGUUUGGAUACACCGGCCAGUUUUGAGAUGGGACAUCACUACUUGGAGGAGGUCUGUGCUUGUCCAUGCACUUCUGGGAACCAGGGGAGCUUUGUCAAAGGUGAGCAGGAACAGACACUGCUUGAUGAGGAAGGCUUUCCAGUUUUGACCAGGUCUAUGUCUACCUCACGGCGGCACAGCUGGGAAAGUCUUCAGUCUCCAACAGAUGCCCAGCGUAGGUUCAGUCUGGAUGCAUCAGAGCUAGGGAGUGACACAGAAAGGGAGGAAGAAAAGGAGAAGAGUCUCCCUGAUUUGUCCCCACCUCUGUCUUGGUCAGGACUAGAAACUUGGAAUGCUAGCAGUGUGAUCAAAGUGGAAGACGAGCCUUUGUGCCAAAAUCUGGGCCUUGUGGAAAAGCCUGGGAAUGUGGUGAGUCUUGGCUGUUUCGAUAGUGACAACAGUGGGAAACAGCUGACGUCUACUUCUAUCUCAUGUUCCUGUGGCAAUGUCCCCUCUCAACAUGUAUCCCAAAGCCUAGAAGUCCCACUUCCAAUCUCAGUGGGGAUUGUGCCACCUGUGUUGGAUAUGAUUCAAAAGGACCACGUAGCCCCAGAACAAGUGUUAAUGGUUCAGGAGGUGCUGAAGGAGCUAGCACAGUAUCAUAGUGCUAAACAGGUGUUGUACUCACCUGAAGGUAAAAAUGAAACUCAGAAAAACUUGACCUGGUUUGAAUUCCUGUCUAAUGAGUGUGAAGAGAGUCCAAGGAAUGAUAAAACUGAAAAGGGCACUAAGGUGAAGCGCCGGCUGAGCAAUCUGCGCAACCGUGUCACUGGCUCAUGGCAGAAGGAGAAGGGUAAGAAUAAAGAUCGGGAGAAGGAGGCUGUGGAGGCAAAGGAACGAACACAGGCACUGCAUGGGCAUGAACUAGCGCUAGGCACCUUCUCUAAUGGCACCUGUUGCUCUCUCUGUGGCAAAAUCCUGCUGAACAAAACAGGGCUACAAUGCCUGAGUGAGUAG